CCAAAACAGAGCAUAAGUCAGAAAAAAAGACUUUUUUUUAUUCGAACAAUCCUUAAUCCUUUUGUACCUAAACCCUUACAAAAAAGCGAAUUUACAUCUCUGUAAGAUACCCAGUUAGCUCAUUCGAUUGAAAACCCAGUCUUUUUACAGUUAGUUCACUUUACGAGAUUUCACUUUCCGGCGAAUAACUGUUCUUUAGUAAUAAUGGAUCAUAACAAUGAGAUUAUUCUGGCGGAGAUGAGGCCGAAGAAGCGAGCGGGACGGAGAGUCUUCAAGGAGACACGUCACCCAGUUUACAGAGGAAUACGGCGGAGGAACGGCGACAAAUGGGUCUGCGAAGUCCGGGAGCCGACGCACCAGCGCCGCAUUUGGCUCGGGACUUAUCCUACGGCGGAGAUGGCGGCGCGUGCUCACGACGUGGCUGCGUUAUCUCUGCGCGGGAGAUCAGCGUGUUUGAAUUUCGCUGACUCUGCUUGGCGUCUUCCGGCGCCGGAGUCAACCGAUCCGGAUGUCAUAAGACGAGUCGCGGCGGAAGCGGCGGAGAUGUUCAGGCCGGCUGAGUUUGGGAGCGGAAUCACGGUUUUGCCAUCUUACGGCGAUGAGGUUGAUUUGGGGUCUGGUUCCGGUUCGGGAUCGGAGGAGAGGAAUUUGUUUGGAUAUGUUGAGGAAGAAGAAGAAGUUUCGACGACGAUGAUGAGACUCGCGACGGAGCCGUUAAUGUCGCCGCCGCGAUCGUAUAUGGACAUGACUGAUAAUGUUUACGUUCAAGAAGAGACGAGCUAUGAAGAUAUGUCACUCUGGAGUUACAGUUACUAAACGGGACCAACAUUUGAUAUAUAAAUGUGUGUAAUGUUGUAUAUUGUGCGAGUCACUUGAGUUGUAAGAUUUCCCUCUUUGAGGUUUUUUAGAUCCUCUUACUGAGUUAGAAGGUUCCUUGAUGGAAUAAUUGUGUAUUCUUCUUAUUAGUUUUUUAUAAAAGAAUUGGGCUUUAC